AUGGAAAACGGUAAAAGUGGACGCCUGCAGAAAACGCGUUACUCGGACAGUGCCGUGCCCUUCAAGUCACUCAUCGACCCCUCUGAAUUCCCCUUGGCUGACGGUUGGGAGAAUGCCGAUCUGAGUCUUCUUCAAACCCCUCUAAUGUCCUCUUUCCAGCCCAACAACCUUCAACUUAUGAACCCUGGUCUGAGUUCAACUUCCAAAACACAUCGACAGACGAGUCUCACUGGAAUCACGGACUCCAGUUUGAGCAGUGGAUUCGCAAGUGAUCCCUCGAGCGCCGCUGCCUCGACACGCUUUCCCAGCUUCUCCCUCGCAAGUAUGGAAUCUCUGGAGACCGCAGAGGCAACAUGGCUGAACCCCUUGAACACAAGUGUACCUUCUACUGGUGCUGUGGAACCACUGAAGCGCAAUAAGAAGGCGGAAGGCAGUGGUGGCCAAAAGAGAAAUAGACGUUUCAUUGACGCCCGCCAGCGCUCCGGAUCUAUGGCAGCUGGAACGGUUUCCACAGGCCUUCAGGGUGACCAACAGGUUCAACGCAGCAUGUCCUUUUCCGUCCCAAUGCUCUCUAGUGGAACUCGUCAAUUUAAUGUCAAGGGAAAUAUCUUCCGUCAACGGAAAGAUUUCUCUGUGUUUCAGAGGCUGCAAGCAUGGAAACGGAAUGGUUACUUCAUCCAACUUGAGGAUGACAGCUGUACGGGCAAUGAGGACACACGAGCGUUCGUGCUGUGCCAACUGACAGGUCACGGAGCUGCGGAGGUGCGCUGUCUGGCCUGUUGUCGUCCUCUCACUAUCUACGACCACUUCCCACUUCUUGACGGUGCCCUUUUCCUCUCUCCUCUCUGCCACCGCGGGGGUCUUCAGGUUUCCUGGAAUGUUCCUCUGCCCCCCUCCGCUAUUGCCGGCGUUGGUAGUGGUGGCUGUGGGACCACCACCACCCCUUCCGCAGGUCAUCUGAUGCAGAGUGACCUUGCCCCACCCCCUGGGUGCACAGGACCGCGCCAGCAGCAACAGCAACAACUGCAUCAUCAUAGUCAUUGCAAUCAACCAGGACAGCAGCGUCAUCGGGCAUCAAUCAGUCAAAAGCGCUUCCUCCAUGCCGUCUGUAUGGCCUGUAUGCGGAGCAUCGAUUUCGAAGGAGGUGGUGAUGCCAACGACACUGCUGGUGGCGGCGGUGGUUGUGAAGACUUCCCGCAAAUUGUCUGCAAAUUCUGCCGCACCCCUUGGAGCGGCUCCACCCUCCUGAUUGGUGGAUUAUACACUUACGACCUUUUCGCCUGUUCGCCCUGUUGUGAGGAGCAUCUACGCUGUAAAUCCUGCGGACUCCAACCUCUAACACGACAGGAGUGUGAAAAAGAUGGAGAGGAAGGGGCUGAAGAGGAAACGAAUCCUCUUCAACCUUUACCCUACUUCAGCCAAUAUAGUCAGCUCCUCUGCUGUCAGCAUUGCCGAGCUGUCGACUACCACUUUAUUAAACCCUUUGACGAGAUGUAUGACGUCCGUGCGCCCUCUUAG